ACCCGAGAGGCAGUACCUGAAAACGGCUGCAGACGUCAAUGUCAGCGAAGUCAAAACUCCAAGAGCCAAAGGGGAAUGGUCGCGAUGUCGCAGGGAGGAUCUGCGCCUCGCCCUGUCUCUCACUCCUCACGGUCCCCGGUGAGAGCGACAGAUACCACAGCCUCCCCUUUGCUUCAGCGGAGUCGCACCCAACAAGGUGACCAGAGAUCACAGCCACUUCGCGGUUCUGCUAGCGUUGCGCAGGUUCAGGACGAUGCAACGAGCCAAGAGGCUGUCAAUCAGGCGUUGGACACUCGCAGUAUACUGAAUCCAGUUGGGACGCAUGGGGAAGUGACGGAACAGUUUCGGUCUUUCGCCCAGUCUUCCGUCACGGGAGGACGCCAGCAGCCGCCUAUGGGGCCUGAUCAGUACGAAAGGGAAGCAUCGCCGCCGCGUCCUGUUAGCUACCAGAACCCAGACGCAACCACACCACAAUCAACAAAUCCACCAACGACAUCUCCCGCAGCCCAGCCUAAAUCAGGGGAUUGGGGAUCCCCCAACACUGUCCAUCCAUACCCCAUAGCGGCAAGGCGGAUUUUGACGCCCAAGUCACCAAGAGCCGUAAGCUUGAGUCGAGCAGCGAUGAGGACAGUGGAGGCGCAACAUGCCACCCCAAGCCUAGCGACUCCGACACCGAGAGGCGCUAUUUCGGCCCACGACGCCCAAAUACACGGGAGCGGGCUCUCCAGACUCGGAACACCACCACAGUUUUACAGCUCUUGCUCGGCACAAGGACCAGCGGAACCCUCUCCACCGAGACCGACAUCCGGGCUUGUCCGAUCGCUUUCGCACCCCAGCUUGAGCCAUGGUCUUCCAUCGGCGCCCCGUCCCAAACCAUCGCAGCAGCCGGGAAGCUUGAAGCGCGAGCGGAGCGGGAGACCUGUCCUAUCAGGACCUCCAUUUGCGGCUCCCCCCGCGGUCAGUCAACAACCGUUAGGAACAUCUGGGGUCCUAGCGGACACGAGGUGGGGACCUGGCCUUUUGGGAUCGAUGUCCAUCGGAGGGGCAAGGAAUCUGUCCAUCACAGAAGGCCAGCCAGUCCUGACCAUUACACCUAGUCAUGGGGAGGAGAUUGUUGUCCCGGUUGAUGUCCACCAGGGGUCGAAAGUAGCGGACCAGAAGAGGCAGCGCAACGCGGGGGCCUCGGCAAGAUUUCGACAGCGGAAGAAGGAACGGGAGAGGUCACAACAGGAGGAACUACAAAAGCUGGAGAACGUAAACCGGGAGCUUGAGCACAGGGCCGAGGAGCUUACUAGACGAUGCGAGGAACUCGAGGCUCAACGGGAUUUCUAUCGAAACGAACGGAACCGCCUGCGAGAUAUCGUAUCCCAACUGCCAGGUGGCAAAGAAUGGGCCGGCAGAGGGCCUCCGAGCCCCAUCUCGAGGACCCCGGGAGCGCCUUUUGCCUCGGGCAGCGGUGGCCUGCUCGUCCAGCCCCCGCCGCCGCCGCCCCCCCAUGGCCAUCCGCAACCACUCCAGCACCACCCAACCCCGUUCCCGCAAGUGCCCGCCAACCCGCUAUCCUACCCGCACCCGCGCUCGAGCUCCUACGGUGACGCCUCCGCGCUUGAGCCCCCGGCGAGGCGGAGGAGAACGGAUUCGGAGCCACAGCUGUCAACCAGCUCUUACACCCUGAUGACGCCUGCACCAUUGCCGCCGAUCAGCAGUGCCGUUCCGGCGCCGCCGCCUCCACCACCACUACCAGCUUCUUUUGGUGGUGUUCCGCACUCACCCCAUCUCACGCCGCCCCCGAUGAACGCGCGAUUGCCGCCAUUGCGAUUUGACCAGGCCCGGACCCCAUCAACCACACCCCCGCCGGUUCCGACCGUCCCUCCUCCGCCGACGACGAUGCCACCACCACCGCAAUCAGGAAGCCCGUACGUCACAACUAGAAGAUUGCCCUACGAGACGGGGUGGGCUACAGAACCGCGCCAAGCAGCGGAGGGCGGCCCCAGGUAG